GCCAGAUUUUAUACUUCAGAUUUGGCCCUGUUGAUUGCUAAAAAGUAUGAUUAUUUGGUCGAUGAACGAGAUGCGGAUGGAAUGACUGCUCUUCAACUUCUUGCAUGCAACCGACAAGCAUUUGGAAGUGGAGAGAAUUAUAGUUUUAUCAAGAGAUCCAUUUACACUCGUCUUUCAACUGAACAUAAGGCUACAGAGAGGGAAGAAGCUCAAAAACGUUAUAGAGUGCCUAUGGUGGAGUCUAUGCGUCAGCAAAAGCAGAGACAUGAAUCAGUUCUUGAACUUGCAAAGUUCUUGAUAGCAAAUGAUACUUCUUGGGAGCAUUCAGAGUCUGCAUUAAAUAAGGUCGAACCUCGAUAUCACAAAUAUAGACUAAUGCCAGAUGUUUCAAAAGGCCAAGAAAAAGAGGAUCAACGUGGUGUUGCACAAGAAGGACAAGCUGUUACAAAAGUGGCUGAGUCACCAUUGAUCUUAGCAACCAAAUCAGGUUGCAUGGAAAUUGUGGAGGAGAUAUUGAAAACAUAUCCUCAAGCAGUGGAAUAUAUUGACAGUCAAGGUCGUAACAUUUUGCACGUCGCGAUCAAGUAACACCAGAUGCAAAUCUUUGACAUAGUUGAGAAAAUGGAUAUGCCAAUGAGGAGACUCAAGAGAAAAAUCACUCAUAAGGGAAAUUCCAUAUUGCACAUGGUUGGUAUAAAAGAGGACCCCGAAAUUGCAGAUAUGAGAAGCCCUGCUCAUCUGUUGCAAGAGAAUUUGCUCUUAUUUGAGCGUGUGAAAAACGUCUACUCAGAUGAUUUUUUCGAAAUUAUUAACAAAGAUGGAAAGACGGCAGAAGAGUUAUUCACUAAAGCAAAUGCUACACUUCGUUCAGAAGCAAAAGACUGGCUUAAACGCACUACGGAGAACUGUACAAUAGUUGAUGUGCUCAUUGCAACAGUGGCUUUUGCAGCAGCCUAUACUAUUCCAGGUGGUCCAAAUCAAAGCAUUGGUUCCUCAUGGACCAUCCAUUCUUCGUGAUUUUCACCAUUGGAGAUGUGCUCUCCAUUACCUUUGCUUUGACCUCAAUGAUCACCUUUCUCUCAAUUCUUACCUCUUCAUUUCUGAUGCAUGAAUUCAUGCGGUCGCUUUCUGAGAAGUUAAUUCUGGGGUUUACCCUCUUGAUUCUUUCUGUGUCGAUGAUGAUGUUAGCAUUCGCGUCGACUAUAAUCUUAAUGAUUCACUAUAAGGAAAGGUGGAUAAAAAUUGCUUUAUCUUCCAUGGCAUUCCUACCUGUGACCAUCUUUGCAGUUUCAUAUUUUCCUCUGUAUGUGUCAUUAUGGAAGAACUUCAACUACUCAUUAAGGAAAUUAGCCAGGGAUAUGCCAGAUUAUUAUAUCAGGAAGGCCUAGCGAUUCCCCUUUGCCAAGCUCUUCCAGUCUCCAUUAGUCUGAAUCUACUAAAUUUGGCAUUUCCACAUCCU